GAACGCCAUCAACGUCAACCGAGUUGGAAUGCUGUUCGUCUGAACCUCAACUCUCCUCCUCUUUUUCCUUCUCCUUUCUUCCAAUGGCAAUCUCAGACGUCGAGUCCUACGCUGGACGCGUUUCCCCAGGCCCUUUCCAACACAGACGCCGGCCCUCGUCUCCAAUAUCUUCUACCUCCUUGAACCAGGAACAUAUCACAGAUGCUCUAGCCAAGUCGGAGGAUAAUGGUGCUACUUUGGACUUUAGCCAUAGGGGCCUGACAGACGUGGGCGAGUAUGGGGCGGAAGAGCUGGCUGCGAUAGGUCGUGAGGAUCAUGUGGAGGACGAGAGCUCGGUUGCCAGGAUAUCCUUGGCCAAUAACCGGUUAGCAACGCUUCCUAUGGCGUUUGCGCUCCUAUCUCGUCUACGGUACUUGAACCUCAAGAAGAACUGUCUUACAGUCUUUCCUGAUGUCUUGACUAUCAUGCCUUGCCUCGAGAUCCUCGAAAUUGGCCACAAUAAAAUCAAGAGGCUCCCAGCACAGCCAGGAAACCUUGUGAACCUCCGAGUACUCUCCCUAUACAAGAACAAGUUGACGCGACUACCGUCCUACAUUUCUCAGUUCACUCAAAUGUACUAUCUGAGAGUGGAUCAGAACCCUCUGGAAUGGCCCCCUAAAUCCGUCACGGACUCAACGGGGAAGGAUAUGCAGAACUGGAUCAAAGAUCUCCAGACAUGGAUCGAGGACAACACUGCGAACCCCCCAGGAAGUCGCAAGCUUAGCGAGGACUCUAUCCUGAGCGAGCGAAAUAUCCCGGCUCGGCUAAGGGACGAACCUUUCAAACUUCCAACCAUUCCCCCCGAUCCGGACAAUAGUUUCGAGAGUGGCCCAACUCCACAUGCACGCACAUUUUCCACCGUCUCAGACGCGUCGCUAUAUUCCUUCGUCGAAGGGCUCGUCUCGGGAUCUGGUGCACAUGGACCGUCGUCCUCUCCUUCUUCGCGGCCGCCACCGCUCCAGUUAGACCAAUUGGUAGCAUCUAUCUCCGCUGAGAUGUCUCCCUCUCACUCACCCGACUCUUACCUGCCAACUCCCGAGGAAUCUGUAUCGUCGACGGAUGACGAGCUUACCAUGCAGCCCCCUGACCUCUCAUCAUUCCAUGCUCGGAAUGCAUCCUACGCUGGUGCCACCCGAGGCACUCAUCGUUCCGGUCUUCAUGGCAAGAAAAGUCUUCCGGAUCUCCGCCCAGCUAAGCUUCGUCUCGGCGUGGAUACUGGGAGCGAAGGCCUUUUUAGUGUGUCACCCGGUGGACAUACGGCUUAUACGGGGCCCUUGAAGAUUAAUAAAUCCAUUGACCAAUUCACCAUUCCUUCUCCAAUAUCGCAACGACAAGGCUCCGACGAGUCUUCGGACGGUGCACCACUACCUUCUCGUACUGCUCGGCCUUUUGCUCAAGGCCCCAUAUCUGCAUCGCCCACCGCCAUGGACCGACCUGCUCCGUCCAUGGACGUCGAACGCAACUCGUAUUUUCGACGAUUCUCCACGCUCCCUACUUCCACGAUCUCCAAAACCAUCCCGGAUUCACUUCUCAAGCUCGUGGAUGCCGUUCGUGGGAUAUUGUUCGCUGUCUCGCAAGUUUACGAGACACUGCAGCACUACACAGUGUAUGCCAUUGACGAACGGCUGUCUUCGGUGCUUCUGAAAGUGCUCGAUCCGGCGAGUAAUUAUAUCACACAACUGAUCACGGCGCUGGACCGCUUUGAUUCGAUGAGCAGACGAACGAUACCCACCCCGACCGUCUGCCGAGCGGUCAUCGAGAGCUGCAAGGACAAUGUGGCCGCAUUUGGGAAAGCCGUAGCCGUUUUGUCUGUUCAACUCAAGGUCCUUGCUACCCGAGACGAUGUCCGAUAUACAAGGCAGAUGCUCUUGGUCCUCUAUGGAGCUACAGCAGAGAUUUCCAACGCUUGGCAGUCUAUGACACCUCACAUCGCUACGGUAGAGCCUUUACUACGGGAUCAUCGGCGAAUUCCUGUCACCAAACGUUCAGCGUCUGCCACUUUGACACCUCCGACCCCCGGAGCUGCAGAUAUCCCAUCAUCUGCGCCCCCACGAGCCGCGAUGUUUACUCCUCCGAAAUUGCCACAUAAUCCACCUUCGACACCGGGCCCAGAUGGGACAGGAAGAACCCAUCAAGCCCGACGGCAUGCUGGCUCGUUCAGCGCUGAAGACGUUAAUAUCGGCAGGGCCCUUCCUAUCGUCGAUGCCCCCCAUUUACAGGCCGGGUUGGCAAUGGGGAGUCCGGAGGUACCCACUCCUCGAGCAGCAUUGCGUCAGGCCGGUUACUUCGUUCCUUUGACUGGCAACAUGGCCUCCAUCUCCAUCUCGACACCGAGCAAGUCGGCCUUCCAAGCGAACAUGAAACCGCUGAUGACUUCGAACUCGCAUUCAAGACAAGGAUCGCAAUCGUCGCAGUUCGAUUCGUCUGCAAGUUCUUCACCGUCACUGAUAAAUCGGAUGCCAACACUGGAUGUACCGUCCAACAAUAUGAACGUAAUUGUGGAUAAGGAGGCCGUAGACGCGAUGACCAAGGCGAUUGAGGCUGCACCGCCGGUGUGGAACAUGCUCAACUCGAUUUUGGUGGAUGUUUCGGAUAGGCGAGAGGAAGUGCGGGAAACGUUGGGUAGGGCGCAGGCUAUCACCCAGCGGCUGAAAGAGGGCUUGUCUGGGAUCCAGACCGUUGCGACAGAACAAGCACGCAAGAGUGUACACAACGACGCCCGUACAUUCGUUAAGACCGUCGUCCAGCUUUCACAUCUCAUCAAGUCUUAUGGAAACUCGCAUCCACUGUCUUCGGCCCUUCGAUCGCACAUGGUCAAGCUGACCAAUGCCACAGAGGAAUUCGUGAUUCUUCUACACGUCUCAUCAUUCUCCACUCCCACAACCCCUCGUCCAUACUCGCCUAUGGUCCAGUCAUCUCCAUCGAUAUCCCAAGGACCGUCGCAGUUAGGGUACCUUGGUGCAGAGUUCCACGCUCCCUCAGACGGCCGAUUUCCCCCAAGCCUUUCUCGUAGUCGGAGUGCACAGGCCACCGCGACGAAGCUAGUAUCACCGCUACCUUCACGAGAUCUUCCACACAGCGCACAACCAGGCAACCAGUCGUUCAAGAUCCCUACUCCUCCUAAGCGAGCGAGGCGGGAGAUGACGCUUACCCUGGACGAUGGCAUUGAAGGACUCUAACAUCCGUGCUUGCGUGUCUCUCGUCCUCACUCCUAGUACGUUUCUUGUCUGCUCUCACAAUCGACAUUAUCAUCAUCACCAUCAUCAUACGACUCCACACGAUCCUUUCUCCUCAUUUUCAUUUUCGUCCAUCGUUUCCUUUUGGCUUCCUUGGCUCUGUGCUGUGGUCAUCGUUCUCGGUUCGUUCUAUCUUAUCCUGUCCGUCGUGACUCUGGUUUGUCUUGUCUGCCUGUCCUCUCUUUCUUUCUUUCUCUCCGCCCUUCUCUCCUCUAUCUCUCCUCUAUCUCUCAGCAUCGGGAUCUAGAAUUAUUUGCGUACUUUAUCGGCACGCCAUGCAUUGCACACCACGUAUUUAUCAAUCAACUCCCAUGGCCUUAUUUUCCCCUCCCCUGCCGUCUCCCUCAUCCUCCUCAUUCGACAGUCACAGUUUCUGUCCGCUUGCCCUGCACAUACGUUACAGUACCCCCACUUUAUUACUGUCCAAAAUUAUCUCUAGGAUCGAUGGGCUUCCCCGUAUCCGCUUCGACGCUCCCUCCGAUUCAUGAUCAGACCUCACUCGCGGCCUGACCGACGACUC